GGGCACGAGGAGAUCGUCUGGGCUGUGGAAGUGUGCGGCCGGCGGCUUUUCUCUGCAUCGGCAGACAAGACUAUACGGGUGUGGGACAUUGAGUCGCGGCGGUGUGAGCAAGUGAUGGAGGACCAUACACGGCCGGUACUCUCGUUGUCGGUCGCGAACGGGAAGCUGUUUUCCGGGUCGUACGAUUAUACCAUCAAGGUGUGGGACCUGCAGACGUUGCAGAAGAUACGGACACUGACGGGUCAUAACGACGCAGUGCGGGCUCUGGCGCUGGCGGAUGGAAAGCUCUUCUCGGGCUCGUACGAUAGUACUGUACGAGUAUGGGAUGAAAAUACCUUGCAGUGCUUGGAAGUUCUCAAGGGCCACACUGGUCCUGUCCGUACGCUCGUCCACUGUCGGAACAACAUGUUUUCCGGUUCGUACGACCGGACGGUCAAGGUUUGGGAUGCGGAGACGCUUCAAUGCUUGAAGACUUUGGAGGGACACGACGAUAACGUUCGCGUGCUGGCCGUCGGCGAUCGGCACAUGUACAGCGGUUCCUGGGACAAGACCAUCCGUGUCUGGUCCCUGAGCACCCUCGAAUGCGUCAGGAUGCUUGAAGGGCACACGGAGGCUGUGCUGGCGUUGGCUGUCGGCAACAAUGUCUUAGUUUCGGGUUCAUACGACACCACGGUGCGCUUUUGGGAUGCAAACAGCAACUACCGAUGCGUACGAAAGUGCGAUGGCCAUGAUGACGCUGUACGUGUCCUAGCAGCGGCAGAUGGUCGUGUCUUUUCAGGCUCAUACGAUGGAACGAUUGGCAUCUGGUAACAGCAUUGCAGUCUCGGCUGACGGCAAGCGUUGCACGGAUCCUAACGUAGAGGUCUACAGUGGAGGUUUGUGCGCAGGGGUUCUUGGAGUUGCAGGGGACAGCCGCCAUCGGUCUGGGAUGAUGGCGGAUGCACCGGGUUGAGGUUGAGGUGUAACGGUUAGGAAUCUGCGUGGCCACGUCGCUGUCACAGUGUAGCCUCUGCCGCCAGCAGGAAUGGACGCGCUGCAGUGAGGCGCAUUUGUGGCUUGACUUGCAGGUGGACAGCUGCUACAAACCAGAUCUUACAAGUGCUAGUUUGCCGUUGCGCAAGUUAGGGUCAGUAAGUUUUGCGUGUAGUGAUACUCGUUUUGCCGGGCACCUCAUGGACGCUGCGAAUGUGAAGGGGGCGUCCCCGUGAGGAUGCCACGGCACUGUCUCUGCAAGCUGCUUAGCUUUCAACUUUGUGUGGUCUUCUGCCGGUUGUCCGUUGUCUAGUAUAUAAAGACAUCGGUUGGCAUCAGGACAGGCAUCAAGUGAGUCUGGGCACGGUCUACGCAGGAUGCCCUUGCGUUUGCAUCCCUGUUUCCUGCACGG